AUGUCCUUCAAACUCACGGUCAACAGCCACUUGGAGGGGCUUCCGAAAGUCGUGCAGCUGAAGCUCUUUGAUGCCCCUGCCACGUGUCUAUCGAUUUUCAGACUUCUCCCUCCACUUGCCAAAUUCUACGUGAUCAGCAUGCUUUUCAACGAAAAGCCCGUGGCAGUGAAGGAUCUAGAGAAAUGGACACAGCCUCAGGCAAAAAGGCUUCAAUUUGACGCCCUCAAAAGACUCAAGGCGCUACAUAUCAUCGAAGAGGACGCCGGAGGAACCCAUUUACGACUUCACCAGACGUUUAGAAACAACUUCAGAGACUGUCUUACAGGCACCCAGGCGCCCAAUGCAUUCGGCAUUUUGGCCACAGAACCGCUGGAUGACCGGGUCAGCAUUCGUCUAUUGGACAAGUUUGCCUCGCAGAAGUGGGAGACGAUUUUGCAUUUCAUGGUCGGAACUGAGUUGCCUGCUGUUCCGUCGAAAUCCGUGCUUUCCUUGCUCAAGCUGGGUGGGCUUAUGGAGGGCCACGGCACGUCCGCUGGAAACCUCAAAAUCACGAAUCUGGGAUUUCAGUUUCUUUUACAAGACGUCAAUGCUCAGCUCUGGGCGCUUUUAUUGGAGUACUUGAACUUGACACAGGAUCUCCAUAUGGACCCUGUGGAUGUGCUCAAUUUCAUCUUCAUUUUGGGCUCCUUGGAGCUCGGCAAGGCCUACCAGGUGGCCUCAUUGAGCGACACCCAGAUCUCCAUGUUGCCAGAUUUGCGUGACUACGGUCUUGUGUAUCAGCGAUCUGAAAACUCCUCGAGAUUCUAUCCUACGCGUCUCGCUACGACCCUCACGUCUGAAUCUACAGGUCUCAAGACGCCUUCGAUGGUGAUGGAUCAGCAUUUGCAAAGCGCCGAAGCCGAUACAGACGACUCGCUGCUGGGUCAGAUCAUUCUCGAAACCAACUUCAGUAUCUACGCUUACACGAACUCGCCCUUGGAGAUUGCCAUUUUGAACUUGUUCGUGACCAUGAAGACCAGAUUUGCCAACAUGGUCAUUGGCACGAUCACGCGAGAGUCCAUCCGUAAUGCUCUUCAAAACGGUAUCACGGCUACACAAAUCAUCAAUUUCCUCGAGGCCCAUGCCCACCCUCAAAUGCGUGCUUUGGCCAAGGAGAAGCUCGACAAGAAGAUCGAGUUUGAUGUUUCUCACAAUAUCAACACCGCAGGUGGAGCUCCUCAGUCCAAGGCUGGUGAUUCAGGUGUGGCUCAGCAUCGUCUUGAGGUCUUACCACCCAAUGUCGUUGACCAAAUCAAGCUCUGGCAGUUGGAGUUGGACAGAAUCCAGACAUUCAACGGAUACUUGUUCAAAGACUUCAAGAACCAAAGCGAGUUCGAUAUUUUGUGUAACUACGCUCAAGAGGUGGGUGUGUUGAUCUGGUCGGAGAAGGCCAAGUUGAGGUUUUUUGUCACCCAAGACGGUAUGGCUCAGGUGGCUGAUUUUGCUGGAAGAAAGCUACGCUAG